AUGAGCGCGAGUGGGCCGGUGUUCGCGGUGCUGUUUGUCGGAAACAGCUUCCCGAUACCGAGUACGAGCCUGCAGCAGGUCGACGCGACGCACUGGGUCCUGGACGUCUGCGCGGCCGUUGGCCCGAACUACCAGGACCUCAAGGACGUCUGCCUCUUCCUGACUCAGCCCGGGUCCCUCGACGCCACGUGUGCUCUGGGGCUCUACGUCAGCGUGGGCGGCUCCGGGUGGUCCUACCGCGGCUGCGUCGCGGCCUCGCGCCCGUCCGAAGUCAUGCCGCUGCUGUGGCCGGAGUCGUCCCAGCCUCCAGGGCCCGGAGCCGUGCAGAUCGGGAUAUCGCUCGAGCCGGCGCAAGAGGUUGCAGAGAAGGAGGCACCAAAGGUGGCGGCGAAGGGGGACUUUGCGCGGCGGGUCGGACUGGACCUGUUCCGGUAUCUGGAGUCGUUCAACAUCCCGGAACAGUACCUGCCGUCGAGCAUCCUCGACCGAUGGUUCCAGAAGUUCCAACACAAGCUGCAAAAGGACCCCGACUUCCUGACGCGGCAAGCGGACGCGCUCUAG